CUUCCGACCCGAAUCCACAGCGGCGGCGGCGGCGGCGGCGGCGGCGGCGGGAGCCAUGAGAUCGCGGUACGCCAUGGUGUGCUCGUCGAACCAGAACCGCAGCAUGGAGGCCCACGCGCUGCUCAAGAGGGAAGGCUUCGACGUCUCGUCGUACGGCACCGGGUCCCACGUCAAGCUCCCCGGGGCCUCCCUCCGGGAGCCCAACGUCUACGACUUCGGCACCCCCUACAAGCACAUGUUCGACGAGCUCCGGCGCAAGGACCCUGAUCUCUACAAGCGCAAUGGGAUCUUGCCCAUGCUCAAGAGGAAUAUGUCUGUGAAAUUAGCGCCUCAAAGAUGGCAAGACAACUCUUCCGAUGGCCCCUUCGAUGUGGUGCUCACAUUCGAAGAGAAGGUUUUCGAUAUGGUUCUUGAAGAUCUCAACAACCGAGAGCAGAUUCUUAUGAAGACUGUACUUGUGAUUAACCUGGAGGUAAAGGAUAACCAUGAGGAGGCAGCAACUGGAGCUCAGCUUGCUUUAGAUCUUUGUCGAGAGAUAGAAGCAGCUGAGUCUUGGGAGGAAUCUAUUGAUGACAUUGUGUCUAAUUGAAAGCAGAACAGGCGGAAAUUAUUAUUCAGCAUUUCCUUCUAUUGAUGACCAUGGAAGAUUGAAUCAGGCUCUCUCAUGUUUUUACGCCUUUGCUCAAUCUUGGUAUUCACAGUCCACACCAAUUGUUGGGUUUAAUGAGCACUUUCCUUGACUUCUCGUUAGUGAUAACUCUGCAUCGAUGUGGAAAAGAAACUGAGUCGAACACUUUUCUAUUCGCUUUAUCUCUGGAAUGUCGACCCAUGAUGAUGUAUUAGUAAUUAGAAGCAAACCAGUCUUUGCUUAGGAGUGAAAAUUCUAUUAUUUUUCUGUAGUUUCUUUCUUUUUCUUUUUUUAGUUUCUUUGUACUACAGAACUACUUCUGCGAUGGUACUCACGUUGAGAGAGCAGGAAGAGAUUCUGGCAUAUUGCAUAUGAUUUCUUCGUCUGCAACAUGUUGGAAACUGCCUCUAUUUUCAA